GGAAGGGCUUUGAUGGGAGUGGCUGAGGGAAAAAAAUAAUCGAGUGGGCGGGACGUAGAUGCAGGUUCGCUGUAGUAGAGCAUCCUUUACAGAGCAAGCUUGGCUAACAGCUACGGUUCAAAACUGAUGCUGAGUCAGGGAGAGGUUUCAAUUAGAGUCACAUCCUGCUCGGUUUGGACCCUCCAAAAACUAUGGAGGAGCUGGAACACACCUGUCCAUUUCCACGAACGCCUCUUACAGAACCAGCCAUAUUUACCACAGAGACGAGUUGUGAGUGUCAGGCCCCACACGAGAAGCUUACAGUAGAUCAAGCUCGGCUCGGGACACCUGUGGACAGGCCGGUGCGAGUCUAUGCAGAUGGGAUCUUUGAUCUUUUCCAUUCUGGUCACGCCCGAGCUUUGAUGCAGGCUAAGAAUCUGUUUCCUAACACCUAUCUUAUAGUUGGAGUAUGCAGUGAUGAGCUCACUCACAAGUACAAGGGCUUCACGGUAAUGACCGAAGAGGAGCGAUACGAAGCUUUGAGACACUGCCGAUACGUCGAUGAGGUUUUGCCUGACGCACCCUGGACUCUGACUCAAGAAUUUUUAGAAAAACAUAAGAUUGACUUUGUAGCCCACGAUGAUAUCCCAUACUCCUCCGCUGGAUCUGAGGAUGUCUACAAGCAUAUUAAGCAGGCAGGUAUGUUUGUGCCCACUAAAAGGACAGAAGGGAUUUCAACGUCUGACCUGAUAACCCGGAUAGUGCGAGACUACGAUGUAUACGCUAGGCGUAACUUGCAGAGGGGCUACACGGCUAAAGAACUGAAUGUCAGUUAUAUCAACGAGAAGAAGUAUCGUCUGCAGAAUCAGGUGGACAAGAUGAAAGAGAAGGUGCGGACUGUAGAGGAAAAAUCCAAGCACUUUGUUUAUAGAGUGGAGGAGAAGAGCCAUGAUCUAAUCCAGAAGUGGGAGGAGAAAUCACGGGAGUUUAUUGGGAACUUUUUGGAGCUCUUUGGCCCAGAUGGAACAUGGCAGAUGUUUCAGGAACGUAGUGGACGAAUGAUCCAGGCUUUCUCCCCGCACUGCUCGCCCAGCAGCAGCCCUCCGAGAGAAUAUUCUCCAUCACGUUCCCCGUCGCCCCCCGCCCGCUGGGCCAUGACCAGAACAUCACCGCCCUCCUCCCCGAAAGGCGCAUCCGCCUCUAUCAGCAGCAUGAGCGAAGGUGACGAGGAUGAAAAGUGACCAUUACACAUUUACUGUACUUUGUAGAUUGCACUUUACCCUAACACACACACACACACGCAAACAAAGGCA